GAGGAGAGGGAAGGGAAGAGCCUCGGCACAGACAGCGGCUCCCGGGACUGCGAGGGGACAGGAGGGGACACGGAGGCAAGCGGGGAUCCGCAUCCCGGUCCUGGGAGCACAGCGACAGCCUGGGGACACGGGAGGGACAGGAUGCUUGGUAGAGCGCAGGGAUGUCCCCGCCCGGGGACCCUGGGGACACCGUGGGGAGCAGCGCCGCGCUGUUGCCGGGUGACUGUUGCCACCCCGAGGUCCCCGGGCACACCCCGAAGGGCGGGCUCCCACUGGGGACACGGGGGAGGGUGACACAUUCGCGGAGGGUGGCAGCGGCAGGGACGGGCUCACGGCUGUCCCAUGUCCCCACUGGCCGUGCCGUGCCGUGCCACGCCAUGCCAUUCCCGGGGUGCCAUUCCCUGGGUGCCGCGCCGUGCCGCUCCCCGUGUCCCAUUCCAUGUCGUGCGGGGAGGUCGCGAAUAGCUCCCGGGGCCUGCCCUGACAUUUCUGCUCCGCGGUGUCAGUUUUACAGCCGGCCCCGGCUGACCCCGGGCUGGCCCCGUCCCUGCCCCCGGACACUUGUCCCCUGUCCCCCUCCCCGUCCCGUGUCCCGCUCCCCACCCCAGCCCCUUGUCCCCGUCUCUCGGCGGUGGCACCCCGGCCCCGCCACCCUCGCCCGCGCUGUCCCCUUCGCUCUGCCACCCCCUUGGGUGUCCCGGUCCCGCCGGUGCCCCCGGUCCCGCCCCGCCCCGCCCCGCCCGAGCAGGACACGGCGGAGCCGCCACCGCCGGGACCGGAGCGGGCAGAGCCGCUGCGACAGCACCAGGACAGACCGACACCGGCAGACACCGACAGACACCGACAGACAGACACCGGCAGACACCGGCAGACACCGGCACCGGCGCCCCCGUGUCACCAGGAUGCUCUCGACGUCGCAGGCGAGCCCGGAGCGGGUGCCCAGCCCGGAGGAGCAGGAGUGGGCCGGGCCCGAGGCGCUGUGCCCGGGCUGGCUGGAGGACGAGGCCCCCGAUGGCGAAGUGCCCGGGGACAGCGGGGACCCCGACGGUGCCACCCACGCCUACGAGCGGCUCCAGAGCGCCCUGCGCCAGGAGGGGCUGCCCCCCACGCUGGACUGCUCCGCGGAGCCCCGCACGGGAUUUGGCCCUCUGGACAUGACCGUUUGCAUCCUGGGCUCCCCCACCCCCUUCCUGCCCGUCCUGCUGGAGGGUGGCACCCGCUGCCCAGGUGCCAUGGUGCUGUGCCUGUCCCCCGCCUGGGCCAGCCGGGUGCCAUCGGAGUCGUCCCCAGGCGCCUGGUCCCUGCUGCUCUCCCGGGGCGUCUCCUUCAGGGCGGGGGGGCACAGCGCCCUGGAGACCUUCGUGCCCCCGCGCCGCGCCAACUACGUGACGGGCACCUUCGCGCCGGGGGACCCCGAGGGCGGCUGGGUGGGCGAGCUGGCCCGUGACCUCGACUGCCCCACGGGGGGCUCGGUCCCGCUCGCCCACCGCCUCGAGGACACGCUGGUCACCCGCUGGGUGCUGGCGGCUCGCGCCGGCCUGCCCGUGCCCCCCACGCUGGCCUUUGUCCUGGGGGCCAGGGGGGACCUGCCCGCCGAGCCCGUGGCCCCCGGGGUGAGGCUGGUGCGGCUGCAGGACCCGCAGGGCCAGCAGAGCCUGGUGCAGGAGGAGGUGGGCGCCUUCCUGGGGGGCACCGCCAUGGAGCCCUACGGCCAGGUGGUGGUGCGGCCGGCCGGGUGGCGGUGGCGGGGGACAGGCACCCGCAGCACCCACAGGAAGGAGGAGGGGGCGGCGGUGGCACAGGCGGUGGGUGCCCGGCUCCGGGGGCUGACAGAGGAGGACAGCGUCCUGCUGGAGGCCAUGGUGCCCACCGCCCGCCUGCCCGUGCCCCCCCCACGCAGCCCAGCCCCGCGGCUGCCCAUGGCCCUGCGCAUCUGCACCCUCGUCUGCAGGUCCUGGGGGGACCGGCCGCAGCUCUGCCAGGUGGCCUGCGCCGUGGGACGCGCGGAGAGCCCGGUGCGUCACGGCGCGGCGCUGCCCCAGGGCCUGGACUCCAGCCUGCAGCAGUGGGGGGUGGUGGCCCCCAGCCAGCGCCAGGCGCUGGCCACGCGGCUGCGGGAGGCCACCGAGGCCGCCGCGGCCGCCCUCCUGGCCAGCGAGGCCGAGCUGAGCCCGCGGCAGCGCGGCGGCGGCCGAGCCCGCACCGACAUCCUGGGCGUGGACUUCCUGCUGGCGAGCGUGGAUGAGGCGCUGGAGCUGGUGGCCCUGGCCGCGAACGGGCAGCGGUGCCUGGAGACCUGCGCGCUGGCCGAGGCCAUGGGGCGCGGCGUGGGCCAGCCCCGCGGGGAGCUGCCGCGCCUGCUGGCCGAGGCGCUGCUGCACCGGGCGCAGCGACACCUGGUCGAGGGCAAGGACAUCCUGCUCAUCGGGGCCGGGGGCGUCAGCAAGAGCUUCGUGUGGGAGGCGGCCCGCGACUACGGGCUGAGGAUCCACCUGGUGGAGUCGGACCCGGAGCACUUCGCGGCGGGGCUGGUGCACACCUUCCUGCCCUACGACAGCCGGGAGCACCGGCGCGACGAGGAGCACGCCGAGCGGGUGCUGGAGCUGCUGCGCUCCCGGGGGCUGCGGCCCCACGCCUGCCUCUCCUACUGGGACGACUGCGUGGUGCUGGCGGCCCUGGUGUGCCAGGGGCUGGGGCUCCGCGGCCCCGCGCCCGCCGCCGUGCGGGUGGCCAAGCAGAAGAGCCGCACGCACCGGCACCUGCAGCGCUGCCGCCGCGGCCGCCCGCCGCCCGCCGCCUUCGCCGUGCCCUGCCGCCGCCUGCGGAGCCACGGCGACGUGGAGCGGGCGGCGGGCGCCGUGCCCUUCCCCGCCGUGGCCAAGCUGGAGUUCGGCGCGGGCGGCGUGGGCGUGCGGCUGGUGGAGGACGCCGGGCAGUGCCACGCUCACGCCGCCCGGCUCUGGAGGGACCUGCGCGACGACGCCGACCACCCGGGCAUCGGGCUGGGCUGGGGCAACGCCAUGCUGCUCAUGGAGUACGUGCCGGGCACCGAGCACGACGUGGACCUGGUGGUCUUCGAGGGGCGGCUGCUGGGCGCGUGGGUGUCGGACAACGGCCCCACGCGUGUCCCCGCCUUCCUGGAGACGGCGGCCUGCCUGCCCUCGUGCCUGCCCGCCGACCGGCAGGCGCAGCUGGUGCGGGCGGCGCUGCAGUGCUGCCGGGCGUGCGGGCUGCGCGACGGCGUCUUCAACGUGGAGCUCAAGCUGGGCCCGGCGGGGCCGCGCCUGCUGGAGAUCAACCCCCGCAUGGGGGGCUUCUACCUGCGCGACUGGAUCCGCGAGGUCUACGGCCCCGACCUGCUGCUGGCCGCCGUGCUGGUGGCGCUGGGCGUGCCGCCCGUGCUGCCCGCCCGGCCCGCGCCCCGCACGCACCUGGCCGGGGUGAUGUGCCUGGCGUCCGAGCACGGCGACAGCCUGGCGGCCGGCGGCGGCAUGCGGGCUCUGCGGGAGCUGCACGGCCGCGGGCUCGUCCGCCUCAACCGGCUCUUCGAGGAGCCCGAGGGGGCCGGCGAGUACGAGGAGCCGCUGCUGAGCGUGGCGUGCGCCGGGGCCACGCUGGCCGAGGCCUGCGAGCGCCUGCUGGGGCUCUGCCAGGGGCUGGGCAUCGACUCCCCGCGGUAUCCCGUGGAGCAUUUCUUGUCCCACUUCAAAUAGCGCCGGGCAGGCAGCGGGGACGGCGGGGGAAUGGGUGCCCCGGCACCCGUUCCCGCCGCCCCGCCGCCCCUCCCCGGCAUCCCCCGGCGCCCCCAUCCCGUGGCCUGGCACGCCAUGUCCUGGCACCCCCGUACCGCCCCGGAGCA